UCAACGUCAUCGGGAAACAUGUUUUCCCCUGGAAACUCUUGUGCGUAGAACAUUGUAUUGGUGCGGAAGGUGUUUGUGGCCAGCUAGCCAGCCAGCUAGCUACCGAUACCAUAACGAAUAAACACAGGAGUAUGCUGCCCAUACAAACACUCAAGGCCUAGUAGAAACACCAUGGAAGAGUCAGGAGGCAGGCCACGCUACCCCAAGCAGGAAGGCCGGGAGAGGGGCCCGGUAGCAGACGAGGCUGAGACCUGGAGGAACCAGGAUGCAGGGAGAGGAUACAGCCCCAAGCCGGAGAGGCGUGGCCAGGGGAAGAGGGGAGGCCACGGAGGGCUUCACCACGCCAGCUCCAAGAAGGGAGCGAUGGAGCCCCAGAGCAGCUACCCUGCAGGGGGAUUCAAGGAGGGCCACAGCCCCUCACAGAGGGAGGACUUCCAGAGAGCCAGGUACCCAGAGAGCCAGCAGGCCGAGGGCCGGGAGGAGAACUGGAGAGAGCGCCCUUCACAACGCUGGAGGAGAACUUCUCAGGGAGAGGACAGGGAGCAGAGGAGAGACAAUGUUGACAACACACUUCACUCAGGGGGCAGGAAUCGUAGAAACCAUAACUGGAGGCGGGGUCUAGGUGAGGAGGACCAUGGGCCGGUGGUGGAUGAGUCGGCUCUGUCAGCCAAAGAGCUGCUGGGACUGAAACAGGCGGAGGACAAGAUUGGCAGGGAGAAGAUCUUCCGUCUGAAGAAGAGGUCCCACAGUAACCCCAGUGCUGUCUACUCCUGCUCUCUGUGUGAGGUACUGCUGGACUCUGUCUCUGAAGCUCACAGACACAUCAAAGACAAGUGGCACAAGAGGAGAGCCAAGGACCGUUGUGAGGAGGAGAUGCUGACGGAGAUUGCGCCCCCCAGGGCAGAGCAGGUGGCAGCAGUGGGCAUGGCCCUGGAGGUCGUGGUCAGAGAGAGGGGGAUGAGUGACCAGGAUGUAGAGAACAGACAAAAGAUCGUCUCCAACAUGCAGGAAGUCCUAACAGCCGUCCUGCCUGAGGUGAAACUCAGGCUCUAUGGGUCUUCCUGCACCAAGUUUGGUUUCAAAGAUUCUGAUGUCAACAUUGAUAUCCAGUUCCCCCUCAUGUGAAUGCAUCAGCCAGACGUUCUGUUGCUGGUACAGAAGAGUCUGUCAGUCAGCCAUCUCUACAGUAACCUGGAGGUAGACUUUCAUGCCAGGGUUCCGGUGGUCAUCUGUAAAGACAAGGACAGUGGUCUGGUGUGUAAGGUGAGCGCAGGAAAUGACAACGCCUGCCUGACUACCUCCUUCCUGUUUGAGCUGUCCAGUCGGGAGCCUCUCCUGCUGCCACUGGUCCUGGGUUUCAGACACUGGGCCUGGAUCUGUCACGUGGACCGAGCGGAGGAGGGAGGUCUGCCUUCGUACGUCCUGGCUCUCAUGGUCAUCUACUUCCUCCAACAGAGGAAACGGCCCGUCCUGCCUGCCUACCUGGGGCACGAGAUAAAGGAGUUCUCCAUCAGCAGGCUACAUGACUUCAGUCUGACCUACAUGGAGGAUGGCUGUGUCCACUGGGGUUACUACCCCGUCUCUAAGGACUCCUCCUCACCCACAGAAACUAUCUUCAGGGAGGGCAAGGCUCCUCUGGUGUUCCAGAGCGCUGUCUCUCCACCAUCGGUGGGUCUUCUGUGGGUGGAGAUGCUGCGUUUUUAUUCGCUGGAGUUCAACAUGACGGAGUGUGUCAUCAGCGUGCGCACCAGCCUCGUCUUAUCACGGGACGCCAAGGACUGGCCCAAGAAACGCAUUGCCGUGGAGGAUCCGUUUGCUGUGAAGAGGAACGUGGCUCGUACAUUGAACAGCCAACAGAUGUACGAGUACAUCCUCCACUGCCUCAAAUCGACCUACAAGUACUUCGCCCUGCCCCUCAGCCUUCCAUCAGCCAACCACAAGAUGGCAGGGCCUCGAGGAGCUAAUUAUAAGCAAGGGCCUCGUCAGAAGGCUCUGAGUGACGUGAGCCGUGUCCAAUCAGGGUUGAGCAGUCUCAAACUGGAGUCUCAGGCAGCCAAUGGGCAGAAAGGAGAGGCGGGCUUUAAGCAGGACUCUGACUGUAUGGUGGAGGAAGAGGAGGAGAGCCCUUCAGACUCUGAUAACGAAGGAGAGAAAGAAGAUGAGGAUUUGGGGAAGAACAGCCUAUCGGAGGAGGAAGAGGAGGAUGAAGAGCUAGAUGAGGAAGUAUAUCCCAGACAUCACCUAGACAGUGUGAACACGGAGGAUGAAGAGCUGUUCCCAUUGGACGAGGUCUCGGAGGAGCUUCUCUCAGACGAGGAGGGGCCAGACCUAGACACUCCCAGUUCAUUGGACGAGGAGGAGGUAGCCUCACCCAAACAGGAUGUGCUUGACAACAAGACCGAGGGGGCCAGUGGUCUCUGCUAUGGCUUCAUCAGACAGGCCUUCACCCGUGGAAAGUCCCAUACAGUGGUGUGUAGUGUGUGUAAGCGGGAUGGCCAUCUAAAGAAAGACUGUCCUGAAGACUUCCAGAGGGUUCAGCUAGCCCCUCUCCCUCCCAUGACACCUGCCUUCCUCAAAACACUCAACACCGUCUGCCAGCAGUGCUACCGAGACUUUGCUCCAGAUGAUGUGGAGCUGGGAGUGAGAGAACACAUCCUGCAGGACCUGGAGAGCUUCGUCAAACGACAGUUCACAGGUGCCAGGCUGAGGCUGUUUGGUUCGUCUAAGAACGGCUUCGGCUUCAAGCAGAGUGACCUGGACAUCUGUAUGGUGCUGGAUGGACAGGAGACCGCUGAAGGUCUGGACUGUAUCAGCAUUAUAGAGUCUCUGGCCAGACUGCUGAGGAAACACCCAGGUCUGAGGAACAUCCUCCCCAUCACCACUGCUAAGGUCCCCAUCGUUAAGUUCUACCACGCCAGGACCGGCCUGGAGGGAGACAUCAGUCUCUACAACACGCUGGCCUUACACAACACGCGUCUGUUGGCGUCGUACGCUGCCAUCGACCCCCGAGUCAAGAUGCUGUGUUAUGUCACGAAGGUGUUUGCCAAGUUGUGUGAUAUCGGUGAUGCGUCUCGAGGAAGUCUGUCGUCCUAUGGCUUCACCCUGAUGGUGCUAUUCUACCUGCAACAGAGGAACCCACCUGUUAUACCUGUACUACAGGAGAUUUAUGACGAGGAGAAGAAGCCUGAGGUUUUGGUAGAUGGAUGGAAUGUCUACUUCUACGAUGAUCUGGAUAAACUGCCUGAGCGCUGGCAGCAGAAGAACCUGGAGUCUGUAGGUGCUCUGUGGCUGGGCCUGCUGCAGUUCUACACCGAGACCUUUGACUUCAGAGAACAUGUCAUCUCCAUCAGACAGAGCGCAGCUCUCACCACCUUCAACAAGCAGUGGACCUCUAAGUACAUCGUCAUCGAGGAUCCUUUUGACCUGAACCAUAACCUGGGAGCUGGCCUGUCCAGGAGAAUGACCAACUUCAUCAUGAAGGCGUUCAUCAAUGGCAGAAGUGUGUUUGGAACAACAGUCAAAGCCUACCCUCCUGAGUACACUAGUCCGAUGGAGUUCUUCUUUGAUCCUGAGGUGCUGACAGAGGGACAGCUGGCUCCUAACGACCGCUGCUGCAGGAUAUGUGGCAAGAUCGGACACUUCAUGAAAGACUGCCCCAUGCGCAGGAAGUCGAGGCAGCGUCGUGAACAGGAGGACCGAGCGGAGGGAAGGAGGGACUGGGCGGAGGGGGGCAGGGAACAUCGUCAGGGUGAAUACUGGAGAAGACCGGAAGAGAAACGGUGCUGCUUCCUGUGUGGAAGCCACUCCCACAUCAAGAAAGACUGCCCCCAGUACAGAGGACCAGCUGGGGCCUUCUCUUCAUCUCCCUCUACGAGCCACAUGAGGAAUUUGAGAGAGAGAAAAACAGGACUCACCACAACCUGUUCUAAUCCUAGUGUGUUUGUUUGUCCAGGACUCAUCUCAACCUGGUCUAAUCCUAGUGUGUUUGUCCAGGACUCACCACAACCUGUUCUAAUCCUAGUGUGUUUGUCCAGGACUCACCACAACCUGUUCUAAUCCUAGUGUGUUUGU